GGACGGUCCCGCCGCGGGCGCCGGCGCUGCCCUGAGGGAUGGCCGUGGCCUUAGCGCGGGCGCGGCGGGCGGGCUGCGCCUUUGUGAAAGCGCUCCUGCGCUUCGGGUUCAUGGUGGCCAACAACCUGGUGGCUAUUCCGUCCUACAUCUUGUACCUGGCGGUGCUGCAGCCGCUCCGAGCGCUGGACUGCGAGCGCUUCUGGCUCGUCGAAGGAGUGCUCUUCAAAUGGCUCCUGGCCAUGGUGGCUUCCUGGGGCUGGUGGGCAGGAUACACAGUAGUGGAAUGGGGUGACGAUGUUAAAGCAGUAUCAGAAGAUGAAGCCAUGGUGCUGGUGAACCAUCAAGCAACAGGGGAUGUCUGCACUCUCAUGAUGUGCCUUCAGGAUAAAGGCACGGUUGUCCGUCAUAUGAUGUGGCUGAUGGAUCAUAUUUUUAAGUAUACAAACUUCGGCAUUGUGUCUCUAAUCCAUGGAGACUUCUUUAUAAGACAGGGGAGAGCACACCGUGACCAGCAGCUUGUGUUACUCAAGGAGCAUCUAGAAAAAUAUUACAGGAGCCGUAAUCGGAAAUGGAUUGUUUUAUUUCCAGAAGGUGGCUUUCUUAGGAAAAGGAGGGAAACAAGCCAGGCAUUUGCCAAGAAAAACAGUUUGCCAUUUCUUAAACAUGUCACCCUGCCAAGACUUGGGGCAACACAAGUAAUUCUGAAAACACUUGUAGCUCAGCAAGAAAAUGGAACUCCAGCAGGUGGAGACGCUGUGAUAAAAGAGAGCAAAUCAAAAGGCCUCCAGUGGGUGAUAGAUACAACUAUUGCGUAUCCCAAAGGUGAACCUAUAGACAUUCAAACUUGGAUUCUUGGCUACCGACAACCAACAGUUACACAUGUACAUUACAGGAUUUUUCCAAUUAAAGAUGUACCUGCAGAGCCUGAAGCGCUUACGCACUGGCUAUAUCAACGGUUCAUUGAAAAGGAGGAUCUCUUGACACAUUUCUAUGAAACAGGAGCAUUUCCUCCGCCGCAGGGCCAGACGAAAGCUAUUUCUCGGGAGAUGACCCUCAGUAAUUUGUGGCUAGUUGGCAUACAAUCACUUGCGUUUUUGUCAGGCGGUAUGUGGUACUGCAUCUUCCAGUAUUUUUAUCAUUGCCUGUUUUAAAAGUUGAAUGGGACCUGAGGACACAGUGGGAAUCCAGGCUCUUGCCAAUGAGUAUCAUGUUGUAUGUGCAAAUGUGAAUAUACAAGCGUAAAGGAAAAUACUGGAUGGACUCUUGCCUCUCCUUGGGGAAAUUUUAAACUCCACUAAACAUAGUGACCUGAUGAUGUAUUAUUUUAAGAAUUGUCUGUAUUUUUAAAAGGUGUGUACUCUCACCCACACUUAAGCAAAUUCAGCAUUUGGACAAAAGGUGCAAUCGUACAACUGCCAUAGAAGAAUGUCUACGACAAGAAAACUGUCACCACAAGUAUUUCUUGGCAUUGUAGUUAGAGCUCAGAAAAUUCAGCAACGUGUCUCUUCAGUAGUCCGUACAACACUUGUGUGGUAGAGACUCCUCAUUUGCACAAACUCAUACUUUGUUGCAGCUCAUUGUGCUGGAGUCAGUAAAGAUGCUCUGCAGAGCUGAUGGUGGUAUCGUUGCUACUGCCCAGUCAGCAGUUGUUGUAUUAGACAAACCGAUCUAGAAACAGGACCCAAAUAAGAUCCAAUGUCAGAUGGUUUUUUGGGGGAAUCAGUGCUCAAAAAAGCAUUGCAGUAUCGUACCGUGAUUAAAAGUUAUCCACGUUUGAUGAAUCAGCCCAUCCUUGCUGUGUUUUUACCAUCAGCCGUCUGAAUUCUGUGUGCUAACAGUAUCUCAUAGUAUGAGGGAACUUGGAAAAUAUAAAAUCACUUGAUUUAUUUUCCCUUUUUGUGUUUAGAAUGCAUCCCCCUGAUCAUUAUCAUUUUUGCAAAAUGCACUUUUAAAGAUGAAAAUACAGUGAAGGAAAGAUGUACAGCUUAGGAUGUAGGGGGAAGCUUUUAUCUGUCUCAGAUUGGAAGCCAGAAUGAUUCCAGCUAUUUCUGGAGGUCUGCUGGUGCUGCUGGUGAUUUUUAGCCACCUCUGUAUUUUGUAAACUGCAGUCUAACCAAGGUGACCUUUGAAUGGUUUAUGGAGGCCUUUUUCUCCCCUACUAGUUGCAACUGUGCUAAAUAUGCUUGUGGGAGAAUUUAAAUAAUUCAAUGCCAACAAUCUUAAUGUUUUGCUUAGGAAAAUAAAGAAGAAAAACUAUUUUCUUAAAAAGAAAAGAUAGGUACAAUUGUUAGUGUAAACCUACAAAAAAUGUGGUAAAUAUUCUGAAUAACUACAUGAAGGGCAGUAUUAAGUCUGCCACUGUGCUAAAAUGAUAAUGGAAGAAGAAUGAGUUGAAUUUAAAGGCAAACUGGAAUAGGCAACAUUUUCAGACGUAAUGUACGAUGCUUCUGAAAGGAUGUCAAUGAUGUAUAUUCUCACUUCUGGCAGGUCUAGUUGGCAUCAUGCUUAUGUGACUACACAAGGAUUUGAGAGAGCUGUUCCUAAAAUAAAAUUAAUCUCUCUAAAUACAAGCAGGAUAGCCAGAACUCAGCUGUGGUGUACUGCCUUUUAUAUACUAAUUUUAUUGAGAACAAAGCCAGCCUUCAGUAGUUUUGGCUCUGCUUUAGCAAUAUUGAUCCUUCUCUCUCUCGUACUACAUGAAUCACAACGGGUGGUGUACAGAAUACAAACCAUAGCCCAUGCUCCCUUUGGAGGGGGGAAGAGCAGGGAGCAUACCGAAAUUUGAGGCAAUGCAGAUUUCUCUGGUUUAGUGCAAAAAGAUCUUGUUAAAUAUGCCACACUCCACAACCCCAAAAGCAGUAGCUUUACCCGAAGGUAGCUCAACAGGGGUGGCUGCAAAAUGAUGCAUCGUGGCAAGUUCCCCUGAAAUACCUCAUUGACUUACCGUACCACUGCAGCUGGAGGGCAAAGGCAGUGCUUGCCUCUAGCUUAAUGUCUAAUGUAAGAUACUGUUUCUAAAUCCCACCUCUUUACACCUAGGCACAACACACCCGAAUUCUAGUGUAAGACCAAAUCCAUUUAAAAAGAGGUAUGUACUGCAAAGGGAGGCAGCCUUGGGCGCAUAACAUUUUUCUUCAUGCUUCUGUUAAAUUGCAGCUGAAACAGAGAAUGUAUUUGAUUUGCCACUUCACCGGAAGAUGUUGGGGCAGGCCAGGGCCAUCACCGCUUGGUGGGUCGGUCUGUCGAACCGCCUCCCAGGGCUUGGGCGUAAAUGGACUCUCAAAACCGCCCGGUGCAGUUGGCAGACUACUUUGUCUGUCCUGCGCCGGGUGGUUUGAUCAGCCCCAGAGACACCCGGGCUCCCCCUGUUUUUACUUUGAGCUUGAAGAGACUAGAGUGGUAUAAAAAGGGAAGUUUAUAUAAGCGGAUUGCACAGUGGUAACUCACAUCAGGAGGUUGUUCUUUAUAAAACCCAGUAAACUCUGUGUAAGAGCAUACUGUUUUCUCAAAUGCAGUAUAUAUAUAUAUAUAUAUAUAUAUAUAUAUAUGUAUAUAUUGUUUUUUCCAGUGGACUGCAGUCAUAGCGAGUGUUCACAUGCUGCCUAAGGAAAUAAUAGUAACGCGCAAUAAUGUUUCAGAUGAUCAUUUGAUUUAUCUGGUUCCUGUUAACUUUCAAUUUGUUUCUUCAUUGUUCUUAACUAUUGCAAGACACUUGUUUUCAAGCACUGAUUGUAGUUUUGAUAGGGAGAGUAAAUAGUACUAGAUCACUUCUUUCCCGCAGCACUGGAAAAUGUGAAGAAAGCCUGAUGCUAUGUGUCUUUAUGGCUGAAUUGUUGUCGAUGACGCUGGAAUGAAAACUGUUGUUAGGAAAUCCAAAGUACCCAGGGCAGUAUUCCCAGCAUGAACGCAGAUAUGACUUCAUGAAAGAGAAUUAAUUGGAUACAAGAUUUUUUUUUUUAAAUAGAAGACCAUAAAAUAUGUGAAAUAUGUGUAGGAAGUUCUGCACUGAAUACCAUGCUGGUCAAGACUGGAGCAUAGCAAGCUAGUUUGUAAAACGUGAAUUCCUGUCGGUUACAGUCCAGUUAUGCAGUUGGCUAGUGUUAGAGCUGUCGCGGGCUUUUUGUUACAGCCGUCGGUGGGUUUUCUGUUCUGAGCAAUUCAAAAUGCAUUUGCUAGAAAAUGAUGUUAAUGAACCACAGUUGGUCACAAAAUAGUUGAAUAAGUAAUAUACCUUUGAAUUUAGGAGCUAUACGAUGGAGGAUUGCAUAAAGAGAUACAGGAUGAAAAAAAUUACAGGAAAAGUUAACUGAAAGCUGUUGCGCACACACAAGUGAGAAUGUAACAGUUUGUUGUGAAAAAGGAUGGUUCUCUGCCAGGGUUAUACACAAAACACCUGUAAGUUUGUGUUUAAUUGUUCAUAAAUAAGUUGUUACAGUUGAAUCAAUGUAAGUCCUAAUAGUUUAGCAUUGCUGCUCUUUGAUUCCUGUUUUGUGAAGAAUAUUUGCCCGUUCACCACAAACAGUGUUGGUUUUAGUUCUUUUUUGUGUGUGUUCCUUCCUUAUUGAUUCUCUUGUAUUUCAUGCAUGGUUCUGUCAAGUAUUUCAAUACUGGUGUGUCUUAUAGGAGGGAUUUUUUUAAGUCAUCAGAUCUUAAGAAGCAAAUUUCCAUUUUUCUUGUUGCAUUAAAAAUAUAAUGACCACUGUGGUACUGUUGGUUGUACACUUGUUUUGCAAACAGUGUAAUUGUUUUUCUUCUGUUUGACGUUGCCAUAAAGUGCUGUUAACUUUUUUCAGCUGUUUGUAGAAGAUAAUACAAAUACCGAUCACUGUGUGUGACAGUAUUCAACUGCUCCACUUUGCCUUGACAUAAAAUUUUGGGACCAAAGGUACUUAAAAGUGGGAUUUCCAAAUCACGAGACUGGGAUUCAGCGCGUUCUUCGUUAGUUGGCUGGAGAUUUUGUGCUGAUCAGACACCAUCACACAAAAUAGUUAUAAAUCUGGGGUACUGUAUUGUUUGGAAAUAAUGGAGCCAUAUGAAAUAAAAGGUUAUUUUGCAAAAUUGCAUAUUUGAUGGUUUUUACAUGUUUUGUUAAAAAGAACAAUUGGAAGAGCAAAAUUGAAACUAUGCUCUGGUUUGCAAAGUCUGCGUACAUUAUGAACACUUCUAAGCAGCUUGAUUUUUUUUUUCUUCUGUGUAAAACUGUAGACUACCUGGCUGUGAUACAAAAGUCUUUCAAAGGAUUCUAUGCAUUUUAAAGCUAAACCUUUUUAUUUUAUCAUUGGAUACUGAAAUAAUUAAUUAUACACUGAAACUGUCCUAUUACGAGUUGGUUCCUUUAAAAUUAGAGUGAUGUUUGUUUUGUAUGAUGAAAAUUAAUUUUCUUGAUACCAUUUACCUCCCAUUUUUUCCUUCCCACCUGUGUCACCUGCAUUUUGUUGUGUAUGAUAUAAAUGGAUGCAGAAGUCUGUAGUGACUGUCAGUGAUUUUGCAAAGGGCUGGUGAUGUUUGGAUUUAUUAUAUUGAACUUAUUUAGUUGGAUUUUUUUUAAAUCAAAUCCUUUCAGCAACCAUGUCUUUCAGAAAUGUAGACAGAUACCAGAAGAAACGUUUCUCUACAGAGAUUAAUAGAUGGUUCCCUGCCCCCCCCUUUUUUUUGUGUGGUAAAAUAAAGUUGAUUUUUUUCAAGACUUCA